AUGAUCCUUCCCUCCGCUUCUCCUUCUACCCUGACCCACCAUCCUUCUCCUUCUUCCUCUUCCUCCCUUCCGCCGCCGCCGCCCUUCGAUGAAAGAGAGCUCAAAAGACAAAGGCGGAAACAGUCUAACAGGGAGUCUGCUCGCAGAUCCAGGUUGCGCAAGCAGGCUGAGUGUGAUGAGCUAGCUCAGCGUGCUGAGGCUUUGAAAGAAGAAAAUGCUUCACUCCGAUCAGAAGUAAGUCGUAUCAGGAGUGAUUAUGAUCAGCAGCUACUUACUGAGAAUGCAGCUCUCAAGGAGAGACUUGGGGAACUACCUGGGAACGAUGAUCUUAGGUCUGGCAGGAGUGAUCAGCACGCCCACAACGACACGCAACAGAGUGGGCAGACAGAGGCUGUGCAGGGUGGUCAUUAGGAUCACACGCCGCGUUUCUUGAAGAUAACCUAACUUAAUAGCAAGAGCACGAUCGUGUUUUGGAUAGCUUGUAGUUUAAAUUGUAUUAGAGCUGGCCAUUUAUAGUCUUAGAUCUGUUUAUGUAACAUGAUCCAUCAUUCCUAAUGUGGCUUUUUUCCCUCCCCAUUCAAGACAACCUGGAUCGUAUGUAGUGUGUGAGUUCUGUGUCAUGCCUCAUCUGCAUCUUCCAAAGUAGUGUUCGCGUUUAGCAAUGUAGUUAAUGAACUUGGGUGUUGUCCAUUAUAUAAUUUCCUGUACAAAUAAUUUAUCGUGGAAAUAAAGAAAAAGAGUAGUGGUACCUCUCUGAAUUAUGUUUCAUGUUGAGCCUGCU